GUCAGGUACGCCGCACGCCCUAUACAUGGCGCGGGGGGAUCUGUGGGAUCUGUCUUGCUCUCCCCACCUUCAUAUUGAAGUACAAGAGUUGGAACUUACACUCUAGAGGUUGGAGGAGUAACCAAACUACCAGUGUACUUUGGUUCCUGCUGGGUGGGUUGGUAUCUGUUGUACCUAUAGAGGUACACUCCAUCCGGGCAGGGAAACCCUCUUGGAUGGACAUGGAAACACAUGGACGGGCUUCGAGAUGGAGGGGCCGGGUAUGACGGGGUUGGACGGACGGAGGGCCAUGUUCGGGCGAUCACGGCGAUUCGGCGAGGGACGGCUCCUGGGUGUUCGUGUAAAAAGUCCAACCAAUCAUGUCAGGGGAGACGAGCCGGGAGACAGUUCCCGGUCUACAGCUUGGUGGACAGCGUCCCCGGGGCCCGGAUGAUCUUCGUGCAUGUGGUCUCUAGCUUUAUGCGUCUCUCUUCAAAGAGGACUGGGCGAGACUCCGCACUCAUAGGCUCAACCAGGGACCGUAGAGAGUUGGCGAGCUGGCGCCCGUUCGUGUCGCCAAUGGCCAUUGAUCGACGGGCUGCUCCGAUGGUUGAUCCCCGACCAGAAUACACAAGUAAAGAAAAGCUCAGCAGGUCUCUGUAUUGUGCUAUUCGUGGUUCUGACAUCGAAAUAUGGGCAACGACCCAUGGCGGUCGGUCAGCAGAUCGCAGGGCUGGACAAUGCUGACUUGGCCGGGGAAGAGUUGGCUUGACGUUGAGACAGUCUCGGGUGGAGAACCCGACGCGAUCACCACAGACUUCGGUAGGGG